AUGGAUGCGGGGAUUUGGCCCAAUAGUCUCUUUGAGCGGACGGUGGACAUCGUGCAGAGCUUGCCGAAAUCUGGGCCGAUCCAGACGUCGUACGAGGAGAAGCUGGCACUCUACAGUCUCUACAAGCAGGCGACCGAGGGAGAUGUCAAGUCAAAGAGGCCCGGCGUGCUCGAUAUGCUCGGGAGAGCAAAGUGGGAUGCGUGGGCAAAGAGAAAGGGGAUGGGGAGCCAGGACUCAAAGCAGCUCUACGUGGAGAGCAUGCUGAGGGUGAGUCAGCGAGAUGAACAGCCCAUAUGGCGAGCUGGAAGGCUAAACCGCGAUUUCCAAAGAUUUUGA